GAGGAGAGAGAAAGAGAGAAGAAAGAAAGAGAAGAGAGAGGUGGAUGGAGAAGGUACAGAAACGAGGGAGUUCAAUUGGUGGCGGCAAUCCUAGUAAUGUACCCGUGGGGCUGUGUCAAAGUGCCUUCUAGAAGAGAACGAUGUUGCAUUCAGCAUUCUAAAACUUCUUUCUUGCUAUACGAAAAAGCCGUAAGCUCGGGAGAAUGAAAAAAGAGAGAAAGAAAAGAGAUAUUCCUGUUCUUGUAUCAACGAUUUUAUUCCAAUCUCCACACAUAACCAUUACACAUUUUCGGCUCCUUUCAAAUGGAGCUGUCGAAGAAAAAUUGACAUCAGAGAAAAUGCCCAUGAAUACCGUUCAAAAUUUUCGAACAUAAGAAAAAUGAUAUCAUUGAAGAAGACUCGAUGAGAAAGAAGUUCAAUGCUUCUUACAUUCGCACCUUCCUGCUCGAAGUAUGGCAAACUUUUAAAAAGGAGACGAUCUCUUAAUAAUAUAUAUUGUGGUGGUGGAAGCGACCGGUAAAACAGUUAUAAAAACAGCGGUAACUACGUUAGAAUCAAUUAUUUAAGAUGCAGAGCUCCGUAAAGAGAGAGUAGAGCAGUCGUAAAGGGGGUGGAAAAAGGUAAUGCCGUUCGUGGAAACAUGGUGGUGUCUCAAGGAUGUUCCUCCACGCGGAUAAAGAGAGAGAAAGAGAGAGAGAGAGAGAGAGAGAGAGAGAGAGAGAGAGAGAGAGAGAGAGAAAAAGAGAAAGGGAUAAAUGGACAGGAAGAGAGAAAGAGAGAGAGAGAGAGAAAGAGAGAAGCAAAAAGAGAGAGAUAAGAUGGCUAUCGCGGGGAUUAUAAAGGCCGUAGUUAAAAGUUGCUUCGACUAUCAAGGGACUGACCGCUCGAAGAAGUCUAGCGUUAUUGUAAGAUGCUUUCGUUUCAUGUGAACUGCGAGAAGUUUGAAAAACAUUUGAUAAACCUUUGGAAACUCGCUGAAAUUCGAGAGAAAGAGACGAUCGAUCAUGAAUCGCUUCCGAUCGAUUAAUUAGAUCUUACUCUUAUUUAAAAUGAACCUAAAUCUUGAUGACGAAGAAGACGUUAACGACUUUGACGUAGUGAUCGUUGGUGCUGGUUUAACGGGACUUUGUAUAGCGUACAAUAUACUUAGAAGAAAACCCUCUUUAAAUAUACUGGUCAUCGAAGGAACCGAUAAAGCCGGAGGACGCGUUUUAUCACAGAAUUAUAGCGAGAGCUUUUAUGCCAGUCUCUUGCAAGAACGUGUCACUCAACUUAUCCAUACAUUGAACAUAGAUACUUGUUCCAGGCAGAACACGGAUGGAAAAAGAGUGUUUUUUACAAAAGAUGGUCCCGUAGAAAAUUUUCCAAGUUUAUUCGCAGCUGAAAUUCGCUACUUUAUUCAAGUAGUAAUUAUUUAUUUGGAUCAUCGAUUUACAGAAACAAUAUUCAAGAUUUUUGAUCAGACUCAAUAUCUGAUAAACUUUACAAUUUUCUUCCUUUGUGUUCAGAUUCAAAAGAAUUGUUUAAAACCAUGUUUCAAAACCUAUGUCAAGAAUAAGAUUACGUGUAAAUUAGCCAUAACCAGUGUUGAUCAACUACUGAAGGAACUUGUGUUCUUCUCUUAUGCCAGAUCCAUAUGCAGUUCACUUAUUUAUAGUACAUGCGGUAAAAUCCAAUUCUGGCAUUUUAAUUUUUCAACCAAUCAUUUUACCCACUAGAUCUUUCUAUCGUAUAUUCAUCUAUCAGGAAUGAGAGAUCUUCGUAAACUAUCAGCGUUAUGGAUGUUUGUAAUGUUAAAUGGUGCAGGUGGAUUGCUCGAUCGACUAAAAGUAACGAUAGGAGAUGAGAACCGUUAUUUCGUUCAAGUUAUUAUCAAAUAUUCUUACAAUUAAAACAAUUAUAAUUUAUAAUACCAAUAAUACCGCGAUAUUUUUUAAAAAUUUCAACGAAAAAAGGAAAGAUUACCCUGUUUGAUAGGGUGGAAUGGCGCGAUUAACCGAAGAAUUAUUAAAACAUAUACUUGCUGAACAUGGUGAUAUAAUUUAUGAUGAAAUAGUUACAAAUAUUCAAUUCAACGAUGACAGAGCUUAUUGUUAUACUACACAAAAUUGUUUCAAGUACGUUUAAAUAAUGUUAUCGUUAAGAUAUAUAUAUAUUUAUGGAAUUUAUUAAUAUUAAUCAUCGUACGAACGGGCAUAUUAGAUUAAUAUUUUCGUAAAUAUAUAACUGCGUAUGUAUGGGUAUGUAGAUGUGACAUCGUGGUAAUAGCGGUACCACCCCCGGAAAAUUCUCAAAUUCGUAUCGAACCAUCUUUACCUGCACAUGUAUCUCAAUCCCAAACAUUAUUCCUACAUAGUGAUAACAUAUUUUUCAAUGCAUUUUACAAAAAACCUUUUUGGAAAGAUAAGUAUAAUGGCAAUGUUUUAGCUACAUUAGAAUCCAAUACUAUCUUAAAUAUCGCUUAUGAUGCAACCUGUAAUAACGUAAAAGGAGGAAUGAUGGCUGGAUUUCUUAAUGAUACCAAUAUUAUAUCAACGACAUCGAAAUUAAAAUUAUUCGAAACGCUAAGCCAAUGUUUUCAAACUAACGAAAUGAAACGUUGUAUCAAUUACAAAGAACUUGAACGAUCUCCGAACGAAGAUAUUGGAAUUAAAUUAGAAAGUGCUUGGCCUAUGAGCGUUAUGCAACCAUCUCAUGUAUUUAAUCAUGUUAAUCAUGUAAAUAUAUCCAACGAUAGGUACGAAUAUUGAUGUACAGAUACUCAUCUAUCACUAAUGUAUAUUUUUGAAGUAUUUUAAAGAUAACCCUUAUUCUACAAGAAUUCUCUUCGCUGCUAGCGAAUAUGCUACAAAAUGGCCUGGAAUGAUAGAUGGUGCAAUCGAAAUUGGUGAAGUAACAGCAUGCGUGAUACUUUUAAGACUUAGACCACAAUCUUUAGAGACUGCUGAUAUGACAAUUGUGUACGUUUUAAAUUUUGUCAAUUUAUUACACAAUUAAUUAUCUAAUACUUUUACAUAAAUAUUUUGUUUAAAAAUAUACUAGAUCAAAUCUCAAUGUUUUAUCUCUGGUACAGAUCAGAAGGCGUUUCUAUCCAGAAAUUGUUCCAAACUGAAAUUACCAUGAUGCAAUAUUUUUGUUUAGCCAUAAACAUAGCCAUCUUUUUUUCAUUUUUACAUAUGGCAUAUAAGAAGUAUUAAAGAUGGUAUAAAUUCACUAAGUUAAAUAAUUUCGAU